GUUCUGCUAGUCACUGCAGUCACGCUCUCUCCCUCUAUUCACGCGCAGUGCACUUGCCUGGCGAUGCUACAGCGGUUCCUCCUCCCUUAUGUAUUGGACUGUACAGCUACAAGAGGCGGGAGAUGCGCUUCAGCAACCCGCUACCCGCCGAAGCUCCCUUCACUUCAGGACGGAAGAGACUAAAUGUGGAUGCAUUCAGGUGCAAACUUGCAUGAACUAAAAAAUAGUCCAUGCCGGGGUUUCGGGAUGUUAGAUAGCUGCACGUAGCCUUUUCUACGGCUAUAUUUCACUGUUGGACGAGGGAGUCGGCGGCGUCCUCAGCUGUUGCAUUUUGGGGCUGAAGUGUCAGGCAACUAUGCGAUUUGAUUUCGAACGGUAAUUCCGGAUCAGUUUGACUUGUGCGGCUGAUGCGAGCGGAGGUUGACUGUCAGUGCCCUCUGAGUUGUAUUUCAAGCCUGUUGUCGCCGGUAUUCCCGACAACGGAACCGUAGUGAUGGAAAAAGCUAGUCAGCCACAGCUUUCGCUGUCCAUAACAAAGAGUGAAAGUCCAGCGGAGGACAUCUCAAAUAUACAGGACGAGGACCUUCUCAAGUGGACCAAAGAGGAUUUGGUGCGGCGGCUCCGGCGGUCUGAAACCGAUAAAAUGAGCGUGAUACUGGACCACAGCAAUCUGAUCCGCGAGGUCAAUCGCAGCCUCCAGCUACACUUGAACGAAAUAAGAGGGCUGAAGGACAUCAACCAGAAACUGCAGGAGGACAACCGGGAGCUGAGGGACCUGUGUUGCUUCCUGGAUGACGACCGUCAGAAGGGCAAGCGGGUGUCCAGGGAGUGGCAGCGACUGGGGCGCUAUAGCGCCUCCAUCAUGAGGAAGGAGGUGACGUUGUACCUUCAGAAGCUCAAGGAGCUGGAGGUGCGGCAGGACGAGGUGGUCCGGGAGAACCUGGAUCUCAAAGAACUCUGUUUGUUACUCGAUGAGGAGAAAGGUGGAGGAGGAGGUGGUGGAGGGGUGGGGGUUGGUGGUGUAGGAGGAGGAGGGGGGGGAGGUUGUGUGGUGGGGGUGGCAGGAGGGUGUAGGAAUUCUAUCGAUAGCCAGAGUAGUUUGUUGCUGGUCCCCGGGACAGGGUUGUUGAUGAGGGACGUGGGGGAUGGGAGUAGUACGUCUAGCGCGGGGAGCGCCGACAGCUCCGAUCACCCCCACCACAAGCAGCUCCACCUGGUUACACACGCCGGUAGCCUCGGGGGCGGUGGAACUGGGAGCCCGGAGCAUCUCCAAAAGCCCCGGGCUGGCAGUGUGAGUGGAGAACGUGAGAUCCCCUCCAGCCCUGAACCUCCUCACCCCCAGGGCAGGCACCGUAGCACCAGCCUGGAGUAUCCCUACGCCAUGCCCCAGCUCUGCCGGCCCCGCUGCGGCUCCAUCUCGGUGCCCGACCACACCCAUAGCGCCCGUUCCAUGCGGGGGCUCAGCCCCGAGAAGUACGGCCGCAACGUGGGACGCCGGAGCCCCGAGUCCCAGCACCCAUCCACCAAGCACCACCACCUCCACGGCUCCGACCUGCUUCUCUCCCAGAAACAGCAGCACCUCCUGGGGUCGGGUCAGGGCGGCAGCGCCGGGGAGCUCUACCAGAGGCACCACAGGGGGAGCAUCGGGGGCGGUAGCUGCUGUGGAAGCCCCGAGCCCAGACAGGCACAUCUAGGGUUGGGGACGCCAGAGCACCAGCACCAUGAGAAGGGCUGUGUGAUGUCAGCCGGGGGCAGUCCAGAGACUCACAGGCACCAGUAUAGUGGGAGUCCAGACCACAUGAAGUUCGGCAGCCCUGGGAGAGAGGUACAGAAGAGACCGGCCACCGCUGAAGAGCUGUCACCGCAUCACAGGAGCAUCUAUAACGGCAUGAACGCUUUGAUGUCAGCUGGAUGCUGUACCACCAACUGUAGAAAUGUGAAAAUAUGGGACAGCUUCGAUGCAUCUUCUUGACAACACUGCACCCCAGCUGGGACGUUUGGGGUGAGACGUAUCUCCUCAACGGGGGGGAUAAGGAGGGUCCAACACUCCUGCUGCCCUGGCCCAAACAGACACUAGGACAACUGGACACCCCUCUCCAAGAUCCUGAUGGUCUGUCCCAUCCGUCCUCAUAUACUACUAUCUUUUCAUUUCUACAUAUCUAGAGUUCGGGACAAUUUGGGGGGAAACUUGGGAAUGCUACUAGGACGAAUGGAUGGCAUUCCCAAAGACUGCCACAGCUAAAUGGAUGAGAGCGAGACUGGAUACCGCAUAUGAGCUCCCUGCCAACCACCAAGACAUGGCCUUCCUCCCAGAGAGGGAAAGAAGCAGGGGAAGAAGUGAAAAGAAGGAGAGAAGAAGAGGACCACUCCUCUCAGCUCAUCAGUCUGGGGUUCUCUCUCUCUCUCUCUCUCUCUCUCCUAUUCCUCCCUCUGCCUCUACCCUUUCUCUCUUAUUAUCUCUCUCUCUCUCUCCUGUUCCUCUUUCUCCCUCAGCCUCUUCCCUCUCUCUUAAUCUCUAUAUCUUCCCAUUCAUUUCUUUCUUCUUCUCUUUCCUCUCUCUCCUGCUUUCUCGCUCUCUCCCACACCCCCUUCCUCCUUCCAUCCCCCCCUCUCCCCCCUCCUUCCCCCCUAUCUCCAGCAGCCUCCACAGAUAUUCAUUAUCUUCUUCUGUGUACUGAGACAUUCGUAAUCUAAUGUUCCUCCCCUCGUCUGCAGCCACAAAUCUAGAUGAUAAGAUUAUCCUAUCCUCGCCCAGUCAUCAUCUCAAACUUUUGUUGACCAAUUUCAUUAAACAGAGUGAAAAAGCUGAAGUUUGUGUUAAAGGGAAAGUUCAGCGAAAUUGCAUAUUUAGAUAUUUGUUUCCUCACCUUGAAAAGUUUCUCAAAUAUCUAAUUUUGCUGAACUAUCCCUUUUUUAGAAGUUCCUAGGCAAUUACCCUCCACCACCAACAUGCUGUGUCUUAUUACAAAACUACAAAAUGGCCGCCAAUGUUAGCUUGUUGGGUAACGUUGUAGUUCUAACCAGAUACAGUGUUACGGUGUUAGCCUAGUUUUCUUUUUUGUAAAAUCUUGCUCCCUUCCGAGCACCUAUAUUUCCAGCUAGGGAGGUGAGUAUACAUUCUCCAUGUUGUUUUAUACAAGAAAGGUAAAGUCAAAGUACAUAGUAGUUUAUUGGGAUUAGUUUUCUAUAUAUAUAUAUAUAUAUAAUGAUUAUUAUUUUUGACUGGUAUUAGAACAAUUCUAUGAAGAUAUCUGUGUAUACAAAAUAAUAAAGAUUCUUCUUUA